AUGAAAAUGACGAGUCAAAAACAACUCCUUCCUUCUUUUGCUACCACCAUCUCUGCGUUAGGUAUUCUUCUGUAUUGCAUUGGGUUUCUAAGAGUUGAAUUGGAGUUGAACAAUCCGAAAAAAAGAUUAAACGCGCUUGAAAACAACCCGGAGACAAAACCACUAUCCAGCGAUCGAAACCUCGUCAAAAUCAUCAAGGAUGCGCGUGGUAUGUAGAUUGUAUUUCUCUUGUCUUACGCACAGGCAUAGCUUAAAAUUUAAUAAAUUCUGAAAUGUUUCUUACCAUCCUGAAAAGAAUAUUCUACAGGAUCCUACGAUGAUAUAUUUUGCACACUUACCCUGUAUUUUGAUAACAAUUUUCUUGCGAGAGUUCCUGCACAGGUCGCCCAAGCUACCCUACUUUUGAGCUAAUUUAUUAUUCAUGCAGUAACGAUUAUUAAAAUGAUGUAUGAGAAUUUAUUCCUUGCUUAAUAAAUGAACAAAAUGUGCAUGAACGUUCCCUUUUUAGCUUACCUUGAACAAUUUCUGCUGUUUAUUUGUGUGUUGACCGCGUUUCAGGAGUCUUUUUUUAAGCGAAUGGUUCUCACUCAGAUGAGCGAAAAAAGAAAAGAAGGGAAGACUGCUCGGGGCUUUGAUAGUUAGCUUGCGUGGGCAUCCUGUGUUCCCUGCUGUCAAGUAAACUGAAGGUUACACCGAGGAAAAUUCGUUUCCUUUUUGGCAACAGGCCGUACGUGACUGAUGCUUCCAUGCUUAAUCAAUAACUGGUAAAAGAAACCGUGGCCUUGAAAUAUAAUUUUUGCUUCACUUGUUUCCUCAUUCUUUCAGCUUGAUACUUGGCGAACAAUUGAAUGAAUUUUUUUGAAAUUUUUAUAAGCAGAAUUUUACAACGAUGAACAUCAUCGAGCUAGAAGACAAGCGAAUUCAGGUAAUAAUACCAGCAAAGCUAAAACAACCACAACCAUAAUUAAAGAAGUUUACAAUCUUUUAUAUGAGAGGGGAGACCGCGACUAGGCUUUGAUAGAUUUUUCUCGCAAAUGCAGCGUACUAGCAGUGCUCGUUUUUUCUUAAAUGAUGCUAUAAAAUAAUUAUACUACUUUUUGUACAUCAUGCUCAUUUUGCAAAAUUGCAGACAUUUGGCUUCUACUUUUUACUUUAAAUAAUUUUGGUCAAAACACCUCAAUAACAUAGCAACAAACAAAUAAAUGGCAAACAUAUUUACCCUAUUCAUUUAUCAAAAACUAGUGCAUAAUUCAUUAUAAAAUUCAUAAAGUAUUUGCAGUGGUAGAUUAAUGUAGAAAGGUGAACCAUUGAAACAACAAAACUGUCUGACAACUAUAAAAACUCCAGCACGAGGACACCAUCUAGUUAUGCACGGGAAAGAGUCCAGGGGCACUUCCCGUGGGAUCCAGGUCCCAUGAAUGUGUGACAAUAAGCGGACAAAAAAAAUGAUUUUGUUACUUAAAUUUGCUGUAAUACACCGAUCGUCGGCCAAAAAGUUUGUUGUGUGAUCAAAAAAAUGACAAUUUUUUGCCGCAAAACUAGCCAAAUAGCAAAUUAUGCUUGCGUUGCUUUUAUUCGGCAAAUACUGAAGAUGAAAAAUAUGCUCGUAAUGUCCUGUUGUCUUGUUGUCUUGUUGCGUGAUCGAUAAAGAACAAUUCUGUGCUGCAUGCAAAACUAGACAAAAUUGCAAUUUAUGCUAGCAGUGCUUUUUUUCGGAAAAUAGAUAGAAAUUAAGCUCUUAAUGUCGAAUGAGGCCAAACAUUAUGCAGGCACAAUCUAUCGAAGCGUAACUGCAACUUUACAAAUCAAUACGUGACACAUGUCUUUCAGGUCCCCCAGGUCCCCCCGGUCCACCGGGGCCGAGAGGAGAGAAGGGAGAUCGGGGACGAAAAGGAAAGAAGGGAACACGAGGAAUCAAAGGAGAUAGAGGUAUUAUGGGAUUACCAGCAAAAAGCGGGAAGCAAGGCAUCAUGGGACCUGCAGGGCCCAAAGGUGACCUAGGACUCAAAGGGCAAAAAGGAGACACAGGGCCCGGUGGAAUGCCGGGAACAAAAGGAGAGCCUGGUGAAUCGAUUUCAGCUCCUGUUGUUGCUGUUUCACCAACAAACCUGACAGUAAACGAAAGUGGAACAGCUUCAUUUCAUUGUUCAGUGAGUGGUAAUCCUGAGCCUGCAGUAGUGUGGAGUAAAAGGGGUAACCUUUCUGAAGUAAGCAAGUCAGCGGUUUCGAGAGGGAGAUUGCUUUUAAAGAAUGUGAAUGAAAGUGACUCGGGUGAAUACCAAUGCUCAGCAACAAACAUUUUAGGGCAUUCGCAAACACUUGUGCAGCUUGUUGUAAAUGGUGAGUGUUUAUAUAAGGUAUUUUUCAGUAAAGGUUCACAGCAAAAGAUGACGAGUACACUUAUCACGUCAUUCACUUGGACUUGACAGUUUCCUUCUCUCUUUCUUUCAAGUCUAGUUUCCUUUGUCACAAUGGUAUGUGCAUCCCCGUGAUAGGUGUAUCCUGGAUAGGGAUACGAUAAACACUAAUGCUAAGUAUUGCGGCCCCCGAAGAAGUGAACUCGCCAGAAACAAAUUUGUAAAUUAAUUUUAUGUUGCUCAUAAUCUUAAAUCAUUUGUAGUCCCCUUGAUGCCGAUUCGCAAAAUUCAUAACCAUAACAACAAAAAACAACGGAAAACUGUGAAAAUAGAGGCCACUCGGAAAGAAGAAAUCCAAACUCUCUUAACGUGGGUAUAUGCUAACUUAUGACCUUCUUGUCUAAGUGUUACUAGUCCAGAUGCUCUACCAAUGAGCCACCGAAAACUCAGAAAAUGGACGAAAAGUACGCGUUGGUCUCACCUAUAAAUUCGACCUACAGAAUUUGAUUUAUACAUUAAUGAUCACAUUAUCCCAACGACUUAAGUUCAUUUUUUAAAUUUAAAUAUUGUAUUAAAAAACUGUUCAUUUCUUUGCAUUCUUUCAGUUCAUCCUCGAGUUUCCCUCCACCCGGGGCCUCAUUACGCUAUUGAAGGCAGCAACUUCACUCUUCCCCCAUGUCACGUGACUGGUUACCCGGCACCAGUGGUCAUUUGGAGAAAGGCAUCCGGUCAGUUACCCCAAAAGAGGGUGAAGUACAACAACAGUAGCUUACAACUUUUAAAUGCUCAAAAAAUAGAUUCUGAUUGGUAUAUUUGUUCAGCAACAAACCUGCUUGGAAUUUUUCAAAGGAAAACACUCGUAAUGAUCGUCUCUUUUCCUCGCUUUACUGUGAAGACAAAUGAGAGCAUUUUUGCACCGUCCGGAUCCGCCUUAACGCUUAAUUGUAGCGCAACUGGUGACCCUCAACCAGUUAUUAGCUGGAGGAAACAAGGAGGUCAUCUGCCAGUUGGAAGGAACCAGCAGAUUAAUGGUGCGUUAGUGAUUAGAGACAUUACAAAGAACGAUGCAGGCUAUUACAUAUGUGCUGCAACCAGCGCAGGGGUGUUUAACGUGGAAACGAUGACUUGUGUCCAAGUUCCGCCAAAAGGUCAAUUAUAAGUAGGACAUCUAAGCUAGGCUUAGCCACAAGUUGCGAUAAAUUCCCAAAAAGUUGCCGAUAAAUGUAUCUAAAAGUUGCUAUUUUAUUUUUAAAGUUGCGAAAAGUCGCUGAAUUUCGAAAAUUGCCGAAAAUUCGCUAUUUUCUUUUACUUGCCUACGCUUGAAGUUUCCACACUUGAAGUUGGUUUUAUUGCGGUUUUUACCCGCCGGACUUGUCUGAAUUUUUCUUUUUCUAGCUAUCUUAGCUUUUUCGCGGGUAGCGAGAUUUGCCCCCAGCCUCUUAGUUUCCUCAAUAGAAUUAAUCGGCCCUUCAUCUGCCCUUUUUUCCAGCUGGAAUCUGUUGUCCGCCAUCUUGAAAAACGUGUCAUGUGAUACCGCUCACCUCAUGGGCAGGCGUGCAACACCAAGUAAAGCUGGCAUUGGUAAUUGGGCCAGUCCUGAAGCCCACACACCCACAGAGUAGUAUAAACCAGUUGAAUUUAGCUGACUUUUCUUUCGAAAGCUAAUAAAUGUCGCGAAGAAAGUACAAUAAUUUAAAAAAUGCUUAAAAAAAAUCAAAAGUCGGCAAAAAGCGCAAAAGUUUUCGAGCAACUUGUGGCUAAGCCUAAUAUAAGCACUUCAACUGAUACAGGCAACGGUGAAUAGUUUUAGCUGCAGCUGCUAUCACCUUGAAAGUACCGAAGUUUUCGAGGGACCAUAAUCGGGCCCGUAAUCAACUGUUGAAUUGAUAUAAAUCAAUGACUGACAUGAUCCACCCAAAUUAAGAUUAUUGAAUUGCGUUAUGUUAAUCUUGACUAUCAAGAUAACGGUAGAGAAUCCUAUGGUCCUAAUAUAAAUUUUACCUGAUAGACUUUUUUCAUCUGUUUUAGGUCAAGAAUGUUUAUCGUUGCUAAAUUAAACGGUUACUGUUGUUUAUUCUACACAGAUUGUUCUGAUUUGUUAAAAUCAGGCCAUACUCAGAGUGGAGUGUACUCUGUGAACCCAGACGGUAAAGGAUCCUUCAAUGUAUAUUGUGACAUGCGCACUGAUGGUGGAGGAUGGACCGUGUUCCAGAGAAGACAAGAUGGCUCGGUGGACUUCUAUCGCGGAUGGAACGAUUACAAAUCCGGCUUUGGUCAGCUGACGGCUGAGUUCUGGUUAGGAAACGACAAGAUCCACAGGCUGACGGCUGCUAAACCCAGAUCUCUACGAGUGGAGGUAGAAGACUGGAACGGAGUGAGAGCAUAUGCUAAAUAUGGCAAGUUUAACAUUGGUGAUGAGCAGGCGAAGUAUUGA